GAGUUACACUAUCAGAGUCAUUUUAAACCUUGUGUAUUUGGUGUCCUGUGGCCCCAAAAUAAUUUUUUAUUUUGUUGUCUCUUUUUCUUGGAAAUAAAUAAAUAUCGUAGACUUUCAAAACUGUCUUUUAAUCUCUUAGCCAGACUGAAACUCUAGACCAGAUGCACUGCUCCUAUGCAAGGCAAAGAAUGUUGAGUUUGGACCUCUAAGUAUUUCCUUCAGUUGACAGAGGAGAUACACCAUGGUAAAUGCCAACUGGACAGCCUCUGUGACAGAGUUUGUUCUCCUGGGCCUCUCUGCUCACCCAAAGCUGGAAAAAAUGUUCUUCAUGCUCAUCCUGCUGAUGUACCUGGUGAUCCUGCUGGGCAAUGGGGUCCUUAUCCUGGUGACUGUGUCCGAUUCUCACCUGCACACACCCAUGUACUUCUUCCUGGGGAACCUCUCCUUCCUGGACAUCUGCUAUACAACCUCCUCAGUCCCCCUUAUCCUUGACAGCUUCCUGACCCCCAGAAAAACCAUUCUUUUCUCAGCCUGCGUAGUGCAGAUGUUCCUCUCCUUUGCCAUGGGAGCCACAGAGUGUGUGCUCCUGAGCAUGAUGGCAUUUGAUCGCUAUGUGGCCAUCUGCAACCCCCUUAGGUACCCUGUGAUCAUGAACAAGGCUGCCUAUGUGCCCAUGGCUGCCAGCUCCUGGGUAGCUGGAAGCACUGCCUCCAUGGUGCAGACAUCCCUUGCAAUGAGGCUGCCCUUCUGUGGAGACAACAUCAUCAACCAUUUCACCUGUGAGAUUCUGGCUGUCCUGAAGUUGGCCUGUGCUGAUAUCUCUGUCAAUGUGAUCAGUAUGGGAGUGACCAAUGUGAUCUUCCUGGGGGUCCCAGUUCUGUUCAUCUCUUUCUCCUAUGUCUUCAUCCUUGCCACCAUCCUGAGGAUCCCCUCAGUGGAGGGGAGGAGAAAGGCCUUCUCCACCUGCUCUGCCCACCUCACAGUCGUGGUCGUCUUCUAUGGGACCAUCCUCUUCAUGUAUGGGAAGCCCAAGUCUAAGGACCCGCUGGGGGCAGACAAGCAGGACCUUGCAGACAAACUCAUCUCCCUCUUCUAUGGGGUGGUGACCCCCAUGCUCAACCCCAUCAUCUACAGCCUGAGGAACAAGGACGUGAAGGCUGCUGUGAGGAACCUGGUAUUUCAGAAAUGCUUUGCCCAGUGA